AUUAAUACAUUAUUAUUAAACGUUAACACAACACAAGCAGCAAGCAAUAAUAAUCUCAACUCAGCUGUUUUUUCUUUUCUUCUUCUCUUUGUAUUAUUGAUUCCGUUUUUCAUUCCAUUCGAUUCCGAUUCCAUCUCCUCUUUUCUAGAAAAAAAAAGCAUCCAUCUCUUUCUCUCUAUUUCCUUGUUUCUUUCUCUCUACAGGAGUCCUCCUCCUCCUCCUCCGUCCUCCGCCGGCUGAAGAAAACAAAUUGUUAUUAUAAUCAAGGAGGAGCGGAGAAGAAGCUAGAAAACGCCGCCCUACCUAGCUGGCUUCUUGUUAGUUCUUUCUUGUAUAUAAGCUGCUGAUUAAGUUGAUUUCUGGUUUGAUGAUCUAAAAAACUGAGAUGAUGAAGAUGAAAUUGGGUGGUUUUGUGAUGAAGAUUAUAUUAUUUUCGCUGACUUUGACAUUAGUAUUACAAGCAACUGUCUAUGGAAUUUCUGCUGCUGAGGCAGAGAAGAAGGAGUCUUCUUCGUUGUCUUCAUUGUCAUCUUCUGCUACUGCUUACAGGACAAAGCAUAAGAAUGCGUAUGUGGCAAUGAUGUAUAUGGGAACACCAAGAGAUUAUGAGUUUUAUGUUGCAACUCGUGUCAUGCUUAAAUCGCUAACUAAAUUGAAAGUUGAAGCAGAUCUUGUUGUCCUUGCUUCUCCUGAUGUUCCUGUCAAAUGGAUUCAAGCUAUGGAGCAGGAAGAUGGGGCGAAGGUGGUGAUAGUUAAAAAUGUAGAGAAUCCAUAUCAAAAGCAACAAAAUUUUGACAACAGGUUUAAGCUGACAUUGAACAAGCUUUACGCGUGGAGUCUCGUGGAGUAUGAAAGGGUUGUUAUGCUUGAUUCGGAUAAUAUGUUCAUACAGAAGACGGACGAGUUAUUCCAGUGUGGUCAAUUCUGUGCUGUCUUCAUUAACCCUUGCAUCUUCCAUACCGGCCUUUUCGUCCUGCAGCCAUCGGCGGAGGUGUUUAAGAACAUGCUUCAUGAAAUAGAGAUUGGGAGAGACAAUCCAGACGGUGCUGACCAGGGUUUUCUCACUGGAUAUUUCUCAAACUUACUUGACGAGCCAAUGUUCCAUCCACCUCUGAAUGGAACCAAACUAGAUGGUCAUUACAGGCUUCCUUUAGGUUAUCAGAUGGAUGCUUCUUACUUCUAUCUGAAACUUGCAUGGCGAAUUCCUUGUGGGCCUAACAGUGUUAUCACCUUCCCGAGCGCCCCAUGGAUGAAACCCUGGUAUUGGUGGUCAUGGCCUGUCCUUCCAUUAGGCUUCUCAUGGCACGAGGCACGCCGAGAAACACUUGGGUAUGGUGCUGAGAUACCAGUAGUCGUGAUCCAGGCUUUAAUGUACCUAGGAGUGAUGGCAGCUGCUCGGCUUGCACGACCCAACUUGUCCAAGCUUUGCUACCGCCCACACAAAAAUCUCACAUUCUUACAAACAGGGCUCAAGUUUAUAGCAAUGUGGUCAAUCUUAGUGGCCUACAUACUUCCUGUGUUCCUCAUCCCUCGGACAGUUCAUCCACUCCUUGGCUGGUCACUCUACCUGCUCGGCUCUUCAUCACUUGCAUCAGUUGCUAUCAAUACUUUCCUUCUUCCAGCAGUUCAUGUUUUAACACCUUGGCUAGGAAUUUUCUGUUCCCUACUGGUGAUGGCAUUCCCUUGGUACACCAAUGGGGUUGCAAGAGCACUCUUUGUUUUUGCAUACGCCUUCUGCUGUGCACCAUUCUUGUGGGGAUCACUGGUGAAAGUAGUUACGUGCUUGCAGGUAUCUCUUGAGAGAGAAGCCUUCUUACCAAGACUGGGUGAAUCUCCGCAGCUUUCUGGAUUUAACAAGUUGUAUUAAAAACGCACACGACGAGAUAUACAUAGUGAUGUAGACAAAGAAAGUGCAUACGCAUUUUCAGAUUCAAGAUGAUAUUCAUCAAUCAGAUCUUGUUGAUCGAGUAGAAAAAAAAGAUCCAUUUCCUAAACAGAUCAAUCAAUUAUUUGUAUUUGUGCAUAUCUACGCGUAGGCAGCCCAUCUAUGUAAACCAGCUACCACAAAUUCUUUCCUUCUUGUUCUCCAUUUUUUACUUUUCUUUUGCUUAA